AGUAUCACGAAGCUCCUAAGAAUCUCCACGUGUCACCAAACAUGGACCCCACCUCCCAUCUCUUCCACCUUCUAUAGUUUUCUCCGCUUCCCCGGGAUUCCUGCUCCGAUCACCCCCACCCCCUCGCUUUUCCAUAGUCAAGUUGCUCAAGCUUCAUGAUCCAUCGUGUUUUUACCCCAGGGUAUUUUCGUCCAGCUAUUUUUGACUUAAAAGGUUGAAGCGUAAAAAUUAAAGACCAGCAGAUUGCAGGACAAAAAUUAAAGACCACCUCAAAUCAGGGACAUUUCUGCCAAUGACCCUAUUAAGUUGGGUGAGUUAGCCCAAAUAGCCAAUUUAAAUUAGAGCCCAUUAGUGAUUAUUGGUAAGCCCAACCUCCUCAAGUCCAAUUUGCUGCCAUUUCUUAACCCUUUCAGUCGAGUCGAGGUUGUCCGGCUUCUGCCAGGUUCUCCGUCUGUAGCACCUUCCAGUCCAUGUUUUGAUUGAAGACUUUGUAUUGAACAAAAUUUCCUACUCAAAGUUCCUAGGCGCAAAAGAUACAAAGUGGGGGAUAUCCUUGGGAGCAGAACGUAAUGGCUUCUCUGUUCAAGGAUUUAGCCAAGAUUUCAGCAUAUAGGGACAGAAGGUUUCCAGGAUCGCAAGAAGAAUUUGAAGAUGCUUUGUUAAAGUCGACAACUGUGUAUGUGGGGAACAUGUCUUUCUACACAACAGAGGAGCAAGUAUAUGAGCUGUUCUCUCGUGCUGGAGAGAUUAAAAAGAUAGUGAUGGGAUUGGAUAAGAAUUCCAAAACUCCUUGUGGAUUCAGCUUUAUAAUGUACUACUCUAGAGACGACGCUGAAGACUCUGUCAAAUAUAUCAGUGGAACAAUUCUUGAUGAUCGCCCUAUUCGUGUUGAUUUUGAUUGGGGAUUUCAAGAAGGUAGGCAAUGGGGCCGUGGUAGGAGUGGUGGACAGGUACGCGAUGAAUAUCGUACUGACUAUGAUCCAGGUCGAGGUGGUUAUGGAAAAUUGGUCCAAAAGGAAUUGGAAGCACAAAGGCAGCUAGUGGAUUAUGGUACAGGAUCAUUGGGCGCGUACCCACCAGUUAUGCCACCACCUAACUAUGGUAGACAUAGUGGAAACCAUGGUCAUGGAGGCUCGUAUCGACAUGGUAGAGACUAUCAUCGCAAGCGACACAGGGAAGAUGACCACCGUCGGUCAGAUUAUCCAAAGAGGAGUUAUGACCGCGAAUCUCGGAGAACCUCUGAUCAUGAAUCCAGACCGGAGAAGAAUCCACGUUUCCGUGAGAGUGGUGAUUCUGAUGAAGACGAUGAUGAUGAUAGGAAGCGGUGUACCUAGUUCUUUUAUUUCUAGAUGUAGAUUGCUGUGUGUUACUUUAAAAGAGAGUCCAAGACCUGCUCUUUCUCGCUCUCAUCAACUUCCGUUGUUACUCGUGCUUACACAAUUAAAAUGUUGUACAUUAGGAACUACCUUCAAACGUAUUUGUACCUAAGGAGUAACCGUUGGGAUCCAUUGUUAACCGUUUCUAAUUAAGUAUAAAAUGAACUACAAUCGACCUUUUAAUAUCA